AUGUUAAGCUUUUUGGUAUUCUCACCUCAUCGACCUUUGCCUUUGGUAUAUGAUAUUGGAUUUAUUCAAACUUUUAAUAUUAAUAUUAUUUGCCUUGGUCACGUCAAUAUUAAAAUUAUUUCCAUUUAUUAUCAUGGUGGUAGAAAAUUAAAGGAUCUUAAAAAAGUAUUAAAGAUAGGACGAAUGAAUGGUUGGACUUUUACUAGUCCAGAUUCAAACGAUCUAAAAUUUGUACUAGACAAAUUUUCUCAACCAGGGAUUAAUAAUAAUAAUAAUCAAAUGCGUCGUCAUUUGAUCAUCAAUGCAACACAUCAACAAAAUGAAAGAACCGUCAAAAUUAUUCAUCUCCAACCAAUAGAACCAAAAGAAAAACAAGAUGAUGGAAUGUAUAGUGGAUGUUGUUGUGAAUGUUGUGGAGAUUGUGAUUUUAAGCCAUUCACUUGGGUAUGUGAAAAACUAUUUGGUAAAUUCCCCAACUUGUCUACUGGUAUUCAAUUUUUCAACAAAAAAAUGUACAAUGCUUAUAAACAAGAGGGUAUCAAUGCUUUCAAUGAAAUUAAUCAAAAUAAUAUAAUAAUAAUUAAUAAUUAA